CCACCGAUUACCGCUUCGGCUGUGGGCUCUUCCUCCCCAUCACGGAUCUCACUCAGCGCAUCUGGAACCUGCUGCCCUCCGACCUCUACACGCCCAAGGACCCCGGGUCACGGCGCUACAACAAGACCGAGUCAGUGGCCUUGCAGUGGCCGCAGACCGCUCAGAACGCCGACAAGCCGCCCUUUAUGUUCCCCUUCGACCUCACCACGGCGGGCCUGCACUCAGUCGAGUACUCCUCCUAUGCGGGCUACAACGACAACACCUUCCUCAACUUCUCUCUCCCUGUUGAUCCCAACACCGCCUACCGCAUCGACCUUGGCUUUGAGGAGCUCUGGUACUACUACACCGCGCGUCUGCUGGACAUCUACGUGGACGGUGAGCUGAUGGUCAAGGAGCUUGACCUGGCCACAGUGGCGGGCGUUGGUGUGCCCUACACCGUCACACUCAAGGCUGUGUCUCGUCCUUCGGGCUUCAUGAACAUUUUCCUCAACACCUCCAUCAACUCCCUUCACAACAACGUGUUCAUAAACACACUUGAGCUCUUCCGGGUCAUUCCCACCGACCUCUCCAACCAGGCAGCUCUCCUCUCUGCCGCCAAGCCUCUCCCUCCUCCCGCUCCCUUCGCUGCUGCUGACACCACCGCCGCUCCCACAUCAUCCGAUUCUUCUGCUGCGCUAGGCAUCGGCAUAGCGGUGGGCAUGGGGAUCAGCAUCGUCCUCCUCGCCUCGCUCGCCACCGUCAUCAUCCUCCGCACACACUACCGCAACAGGCAGGCGCGCAUCGCCGCAGCAGCCGCAGCAGCAGAGGCCGGAUACUAUGACGGCACGGCUUCUGCCAAGUCCAAGAGCGGUUCUGGUGGUGCUGAUGGGGGUUUCGGUGGUGCUUUCUCCGACAGUGGAAUCCUGGCUCUCAUCUCGGGCAAAUUCGGCUCUUCUGCAGACGACAAGCACAAGGCGUUCAAGAAUCUCGACGCGGAAGCCACAGCCAAGACCGGCCUGUUUGGAGCUCGAAUCUUCUCCCUCGCGGAGCUCCGCCGAGCCACCGACGAUUUCGCCUCGGGGAACCUCAUCGGGCAGGGCGGCUUCGGCAAGGUCUACCGAGCCACGCUCGGAGGCUCGGCAGGCGAAGGCAGCGACGCCGCAGGCUCGGCGCCUGCCGUGCCUGGGUUUGAGGUUGCGGUGAAGAGGCUCGGGUCAGGGUCGCAGCAGGGGGCGUCUGAGUUUCUGACUGAAGUGCAGCUGCUGAGCCGGCUGCAUCAUAAGAAUUUGGUGAACCUGAUCGGUUAUUGUGAUGAGGACCCCAACCAGCUGAUUUUGGUCUACGAAUAUGCUCCUAACGGCACCCUCAAGGACUACCUGAGAGACGUGGUGCGGGUGAAGUCCCUCUCGUGGGAGCGCCGCCUGCGCAUCGCCACCACUGCCGCCAAGGGCCUUGAGUACCUGCACAACGGCGCCUCGCCCUCUGUCAUACACCGUGACAUCAAGACGUCCAACAUUCUGCUCGACUAUUCCUUCAACGCCAAGGUGGCCGAUUUCGGCCUCUCCAAGCUGGGCAAGAAAACCCCUGCCACGAUGGGUAUGGGCGUGGAGGAGAAAACGGAUAAGAGCCACAUCAGCACGCGUGUGAAGGGCACUCUCGGCUACCUGGACCCCAUGUACUACACGAAGCAGCACCUGACAGACAAGAGCGACGUCUUCAGCUUCGGAGUGGUUCUGCUGGAGCUGCUCACAGGCCGCCUUCCCAUCUGGCAGGAGGAUGACGCGUCCGGGCUGCAGAAUGGAGGAGAGAGCCUCAUCAACCUGGUGGAAUGGACGGAGCCAUUCCUCAAGUCUGGCCAGAUUCGUCCCAUUGUGGCGCCUACUCUCGAUGUGGACCGCCACAUGCAGAGCCUCAUGAAGGUGGCUGACCUCGCAUACCGCUGCGUGCGCACUCAGCCCAAGAGCCGGCCCCCCAUGGCCGAGGUGGUCCGCGUUCUCGCAGAGGCCAAGGCCCUUCUCGACGCCGAGGGUUCCUCUCCCCCCGCCUCGUCUGCUCUCCCGCUCCCCACCCCUUCUGCUGCUGCUGCUGCCGCCUCUGUUUCUGCCGGUGCUGGUGCUGGCAAUUCUCUGCUCGAGUCGUCCCUGAAAGUGGGGGAUGGGGAGUCGGCGUUGCUGAUGGAUGAGGCUGGAGAUGCUUUCGUGGCCCCCCAUGCUUCUGUGUCUGCUGCUGCUGCUGCGGCUGCGGUGGGAUCAGGUGGUGCAGGGGAUUAUGCGAAUCCGUUCUCGAUCAGCGUUAUUUCGGAUCCCCAUGGCUUCGCCGCGUCGGACCUGCAUCAUCUCCUUUUCGAGCGCAUUCUCGGCGAAGAAGGCGGCGGCGGCGGCGGCGGAGGCGGAGGCGGUGAGGCCAAGAAGAGCGAUUUGUACAGCUACAUGGUGUACUCGCCGAGCUACUACAUCGCUACAGUGACCGCCAUAAUCGUCAUCGUUUCACUGGUCUUCGAGAAGAUUAUCCACGUCAUCCACCAUUGGUUUGGCCACAGGAAGAAUAAGGCCCUCGUGCACGUGGUCGACCGCAUUAAAGACGAGCUUAUGGUCGCCGGAUUCCUCUCCAUCGUUCUUGCGUUGAUUAAUCCGCUCCUCGCCGAGUGGUGCGUCCCGGUUUCGAGGGACACUAUACUUAUCCCGUGCCAGCCGCCUGACAAGGCCUAUUAUUCUCCAUACAAUUCGUACAAUACUACACCGUCGCCCGUACCUGCUGCCGGUGGAACUGCCAAAUACACGGACAACGGUUUCCCAUGGGUUCAACUGAAUCAUAGUGGGGUUACUCCGAUUGGCGAAAAUGGCACGACAUUCUCGACGGUCGUGAAGACCGAGCAGUUCCCGAACGGAACUGGGGUCGAGAUUCGCGAGACUACGAUCACGUUUCCUAACGGGACGCAGAUGACAACGACGGCGAAUUCCGUGUUUGUCGGCAACGAAACGGGAGCUGUUACGAACAACACUAACCUGACAACGCCAGAUGAUGAAAGUACAAACACACCAAUACAUGUACAUGAAGGAGAAUUGUUUCCGCAUUUUGAUUUUCCAAACGACAUCAAUGACAGCCACGACGAAAGAGGGCUUUUGGAGACUACAUCCCACAAAAACGGUGAAGCUUCAGCCAGUGCCAUAGAAAAUCAGAUUCGUCGGCUGAUCCUGGAUUGGGAACGACAAAAGGACCGCGAGCAGCAUAGCCGGCAUCUAUUGGAAGGAGAUGACCGUUGGGAGCAUCAUGGCAGCAGCCUCAUUCACCAUGGGCGAAGGAAGCUGGCGAGUUUCGCGAACGAAUGUCCAGCGGGCGAGGAGCCGUUGAUGUCGCCAGCAGCCAUCCACCAAUUGCAUCUCUUCAUCUUCUUCCUCGUUGCCGGCCACAUCCUCUACACCUGCAUCACCAUUGUCAUCGCCCGUGCCAAGGUGUCCACGUGGCACAGGUGGGAGAACAAGUGCCAAGAGAAGAUGAGGCAAAGAAAGGGCGCAGUGUCAGGUCAGCUCACCCGCGCCCUGCAGGACCGGAGCUUCAUUCUCCGCCGCACAGGGCCCCUUUCCAGCUUUCGCCGCCGCGUGGCAGCUGACGUGGCAGAUGCCGGUUCCAGCUCAGCAGGUGCCGGAUAUGACGUGGAGCAGCCCCCUCCCAGCGUGGAGCAGGAUCACGAGCUGGCGAGAACCUUCCAGGAAGUUGUCAAGGAGGGGGCAGAGGCGAAGGGGAAGGCGCAGGCUCGGGAGCAGGAGGCUCGGGAGGAGGCUCGGGAGCCGGCUCGGCGGAGCACGAAGCUGCAAGUUCACUAUAGCGACGAAGAUGAUGAGAUAAUAGAAGAAGAGCCGGAACAUUUCACGUGGAUAGGAGAGGAGGAGGAGGAGGGGGAUAACCUGGAUACGAUUUCUGAGGAGGAGGAAGAGGAGAGAGAGGAGGAGGAGAGGAAGGAGGGAGAGGGAGGGGGCCAGGGGGAAGGGAGCCAGGGGGGAGGGGGUGAGGGGAAGAAACGGCUGACGCGGCUGUCAACAAUGGCGAGGAGAGAGGCGAGCACUGAGCUGACCACGUGGCAGUCGCUGGUGCUCACUGUGUCGUGCUUUUUCCAGCAGCUGUUCAACCCCAUCACCCAGUCCGACUACUACACUCUCCGACUUGCAUUCAUUCAUAAUCAGAACCUUCCUCGCAACUUCGAUUUCUACCACCACGUGGUCAGCUCCCUGGAGAAGGACUUUGUGCACAUUGUCGGCCUCAGCUUACCGCUUUGGAUCACUCUCAUUAUUGUCAUAUGCAUCACAAGCUACAAGUGGGACAUCUCCUUAAUCUUUUCUGUUCUCGGCUUCCUGAUCGCCCUGGCUGUGGGAACGAAGCUGGAGUACAUAGUAUCGGUGCUGGCUCUAGAGAGUGCGCAUGUGACUGGGGACUGCGAGGGCUGCCACUUAAAGCCCCGAGGCUCGCUCUUCUGGUUCAGGCGGCCCUCCUUCAUGCUCUCUCUGCUGCACUUCGCUCUCUUCGUUAGCUCCUACAUGAUUGGCAACCUCGUCGUUUACUAUUAUCUGGCGCUGAACCAAUCACAGUGCAAGUCCUACUCUGCCUGGGUGCCAUGGCUUAAAUUCAUACUCGGCAUCGCCACAAUACUCAUCUGCAGUCUCAGCACGCUGCCGCUAUACGCCCUUCUAACUCACAUGGGAGGCAAACCCAGCCAAUCCUCCUGGGGUGAUGGUAGCGUGCACAAGAAACUAGCAGCUGCAUUCACGGAACAGGUGCAAAAAAUAAAGGAGCACAGGUCCAAGCAGGACAUACAAGCAUAA